AUGUGGCUAAUUUAUACUGCAACUCUAUCACUUCGACUAUUCGCUCGUUCUGAGGGCGUCGAAUAUGCCAUUCUCUCUCACACCUGGGGAGGAGACGACGAGGAAGUCACCUUCCAAGACAUGGCAGAUAUCGCUCACCGCGAGACAAAAGCCGGCUGGGCAAAGAUAAAAAAGACGUGCCAACUCGCAAAGAACAUGGGCUUGGAUUACGCUUGGGUCGACACGUGCUGUAUCGAUAAAACCAGCAGCGCCGAGUUGAGUGAGGCCAUAAACUCCAUGUUUUCAUGGUAUCGGGAUUCCAAGAUAUGUUUCGUCUACUUGUGUACUCGAAUACAUGAGCCGCAAUUACAUUCCAGUGGCAACCUCUUGGACGACGAGUUGGCCAGCUACAGGUGGUUUCAGAGAGGUUGGACACUCCAGGAGUUGAUUGCACCAGCCCAUAUGAGUUUUUUUAACGAGGACUGGGAGAUCCUAGGAACCAAAGAAUCACUUAGGGACCACCUGGCAAGGAUCACUGGUAUCGAUACAGUGGUUCUCAAGAGUGUGGAAACGCUGCAGAAUAUCAAUAUUGGCAAGAGAUUCUCAUGGGCAGCCAAGCGGGAGACCAAGAGAGUCGAGGAUAUUGCCUACUGUCUCUUGGGUAUCUUUGGCAUUAACAUGCCCCUUCUUUACGGGGAAGGUUCCAGAGCUUUCAUCAGGCUACAGGAGGAGAUAGCUCGCUCAACAAACGACCUCACCUUGUUUGCCUGGCAGCAAUCCAGGAAGUCAGCCGGAUCCAACUGGCAGCUCAGUGGCAUCUUUGCUACCUCGCCCAACGAGUUUCGUCAUUGCGACAAACUACUUGUUCCUCGGGGAAAGCUCGAGGCAGAAACCGAAUUCACCCUGACAAACAGAGGGCUACGGUUCGAUAGAACCUUCGACGUGAGCUAUCCAGGAUUCGAUUCCAAUGAAAAUCAUCUACCAGAGGGUGAUUUAUUCAUGAGGCUAGACUGUCUCGAGAGGAGCGAACGCACCCGUCAUGAGGCGAGAUGGGUCGGCAUUGCACUGCGCAGGAUUGGAACAACCUACCUGAGGUUGUUCCCUGACGUUCUUCAAUACUGCUCUUCCAUGGUUACAAACAAAGUCUCUCAAGUCAAGCGAGUCGUCUAUAUUGCAGCAUCCCUAUCCGAUUCAGACGCCGAAAUAAUCACCAAGAAUAUCAUGGUCGGCAUAUACUACAACAGCAUUCCAAGAUCUCCUAUCAUGAAUACUGGGUACAUGUCGGACCCUUCAUUCAGAGAUGAACCGCUAGGCGUGGAUGGCUUUGGAUCUGGUGGUCUGCGCAGCUGUAUGCAUCUACGUUUCUUCGCUUUCAAUGUGGGGAGGCCGCCCAAGGUCUUUCGCAUGGCCCUAGUCUGUGGAUUGCAAGUUCAUACAAGGGGUGAGGGGGUUCAGGACAGCCCUUGGGCUCUGUUGUGCUCGGAGAAACAGUUGCUCGAAUCUGUCCCUCGAGCGGCUUCCUACAAGGAUCUCUUUGCUCCAGAACCAACGGACGGAGGGGUCAGUGCUCAAGAGAGGACGGAAUUCUUUCGGGAUUAUGUCUUUGAGAGGUACCUGGACGACUCUGGGCAUAUCAGCCAGACGACGAUGCCCGAUUUGGUUGUCGUCGAAGACCCAAGUACGUCCUACGUGAAACAUGAGGUUUCCGUCUCGGUCAAUCCCCCUUCGGAGGCUCGGUUUCCGAUGUCUUCCCGGUACGAUUACGUGAUUUUUCUGUCUUAUCGAAAGGUCUAUAAAAGCUCUGUGACCGAUUCGCUACGUAUAGGAGGGCGGGUAGGAUAA